CGGACGGUGGGAUUAUUAGGGUGCUCCUGCGAACACAAUACUACAAUUAUUUCAUCAUGGACACCAGGAUAUUGUUUUUGCUUGUUUCUUCUGCGACAUUUUUCGCUGGGCUGCAGUGUGCCUCGCCACGGACCACAGCGGGGAUGGAGCUCUCCACCUCAGGCUUCAGCAACAUCAGCAGCAGUGGCAGCAGCGGGGAAACAGGGAGCAAAAGGGACUCUAACCAAACCAUGAACUCCAGGAUCAAGAGGAAAACCCUAGCUGUGGAUUUUGCAGUCCCUUCUCUGUUGCGCUAUUACCUGGCGGAGUUCAUAAAGAGACCCCUGAACGGCGACUGCCAGACUUUUAGCGGAUGUUACAUUGUGCGCGCACACUUGUCAAUGCUCUGCAUUCCUUUACAGAAAACCAUAGCCACUUUUUUGGACCCCAAGUCUGACUCAGCUCUGAGGAACAUGUCCGCUGAUGGACAGCUCCCCUUCUACUACCAGCGGCCGCUGUCCAAAGUUCUGGAAAUGGGCUUGACGAAAGUCAGCAGAAAAUCAAACCAAGUGGUGGUGGAAAUCGGAGAGGAUAUAGUGAGGACGGGAUGCGGGGGGCUGUCUGUGCAAGAGGAGGCCCCGGUGUUCUACCUGGAAAUGGACCUCACAACUAUUCUGGAGUGGUGGCUCGGCGUGGAGGGGGGCCGCCUCAGGGUUCGGCUCAUACCUGAGAAAAAGGCGCAGGUGCCCGUGAUGGAGGAUCGAUACACCGCGGCCAUACGCGCUUCAGACCCCCGCCUCUUCCUUCAGAUAUCCUCCAGGGGCGGACCAUUGGCAGGUGGAAUUGCUGCUGGCAUUCCUAGAGGGUACUGGAGCUUCUCCUGGGUAGCUGAGGACGACUUGAGCUUUCCCAACGACUCCGUGCCCAUGUCAGAUCGCCAAUGCCUGGGAAAAAGCAGAACGUGUGACCAGCAGCAGGAAGGAAACCCAGAGUUCACCUGGAGCAUAGUGGCUGCCGGGGACAAGAAAAGCGAAAAGAAGGCAGGAAGCCCCCAGGGGUGGGAGGAAGGUAAGAACGAAGGCCACUUCCUCUGGGUGAACAGCUCAGCCUUUGGCGGCCCCUGGGUGCUGAGUCCCUGGUUGUGGGGGGGCCAGGGUCCCUGCGGCCUGGACAUGGCCGUGUUCCUCCACCCCGAGCAAAGCGGGCAUUACACCAUAUGGCUCAUAGAGCGGGACAAACAGCCACUCGCACUCUUCUCCACGGACACACUGCCACGCAUCACAGGCUGGGCGGUGGUCCACCUCACCCUAGGGACCCAUGGAGGAUCAUCUUUCAAAGUGUCGGCCAGCUACGAUCAGAGGAUUCCGCAGGACGACACGGCCACCAUCGAGCCCUACUUCACCACCAACUGCACCAUGGCACCCGCUCCCGGCCCUAACGUCACACUGCAGGGCCAGUACCACUGUCACCAGGGACCGGAGAUCCCACUGGACAAGCUGUGCGACUUCAGCACAGACUGUCCGCUCGGCGAUGACGAAGGCGACCUCUGUCGACACUUCCUCAAUGGCAGCUACUGCUCUUUUGAAGAGGGCGAGUGCAGUUGGCAGUCAAUAACGGGCCGGGGUCUCUCCUGGAGGAGACUGCAAACACCAUCCAAGGCUUUGAGACAGAGCUGCCCGUCAUCAGGUUCUACAUUCAGUGUGGAAGGAGGCCAGUCCAAAGGCCAGCGGAGCUCAGCAGUCCUGAGGAGCCCUCUCUUCCCCCCGCCUCUCAGAAACUCUCGAUGCACGAUGCGGUUCUGGCUGUGUUCUGGGGGCUCACAGAGGGGGUCACUGUCGCUGUGGAUCGCUGAGAACACUACAGGCCCUGAGGAGCAGCGCAGACUGUGGCGUUCAGCCAUCGAGCCCAAAACUGAGAAGGGCUGGAAACUCAUCAUACUUCCCCUUUACGGGCUGGCCGACUGGUUUUGGCUGCAAUUCAGCACAGAGGAUGGACCUGGAUCGGGUUCAGCCGUGUCUAUUGACAACAUCUCGUUCAGUAUGGACUGCUUCCUGGCAUCCAACGGUGAGUUUCCACCAGUGGUCGCCAGCUCCACCAUGCUGCCUAUCAGACCGACCCCCCCAUCCAUUGGAAGCCCUUGGAUGAAGUUCCCCACCACAGAUGUCUCCAAGAAAUGGAUUUUUGAUACCUGUGGCGGUGUAGGCCCUGAAGGCCCAACUCCCACUCAGUGCCUCAACUCCUAUAGGUACACCAACGUCAACGUGACAGUAGGCACUCGGGGACCCUUCAAAGGCAUCCAAAUGUGGCGUGUUCCGGAAACUGGCACCUUCAGGAUUACAGCCUACGGCGCAGCUGGCGGUCGCAGCGUGUUGGCCAUGAGCAGGUCACAUGGUGUGUACAUCACAGGAGACUUCCUGCUGCGGAGGGGCGAGCUGCUUUACAUACUGGUGGGACAGAAAGGAGAGGACGCAUGCCCCAAAAUCAACGCCAUGCUGAAUAAGAUCUGCCACGAACAGAGCGCCCCCAUGCCCAACAAAACCCAAGUGAAAGGGGGUGGGGGAGGAGGGGGCGGGGCCACGUAUGUGUUCAAGGUUGAAAAAGAUGUGUACAUCCCCCUCAUCAUCGCUGCUGGGGGAGGGGGCCGGGGCUACAGCAGCCUAUCAGGGUUGCAGCUAGAGCAGAUGGACUAUGACCCCAGCCAACCGGGACGCAACGGGAAGUCAAACGCUGCAGGUGGAGGUGGAGGCUGGAAUGACACUCUUCCUGUCAGUCAGGGUGGCAGACCUCUGGUGCUGGGGGGCCAGGGAGGGCAGGCCUGUCAAAAGUUCUGGCAGACUCGCGGCGGCUUCGGGGGCGGUGGUGGGGGGUGUAUGUCCGGGGGCGCCGCCGGAGGAUACAGAGGUGGUAACACGUCGGUGGAUAACAACCCCAAGCACGACGGUGACGAUGGCACCUCCUUCCUCGGCCCAGAAGGAGAGCCCUUCCUGUACCCGCUGAAAGCUAUGGAGGGGGAUGGGGAGGUGAUCAUCAGCCCGGUGCAGAACUGCAGCCACUGUGAAAGCGGCGAAUGUCAUGACCCAUACGGCAGUAUCGUCUGCUACUGUGACGAGGGCCUGAUCCUGGCACGGGACGGGGUCUCCUGCAUCAAUGCUACAGAGGUUACACGGCUGCCUCCCCAGCCGUCUCUCUCCCACCUGGCGCUAGGGCUGUCUGUGGGCACCUCGGCUCUCAUCGCCGCCCUGCUACUGGUCGUCUCCGGGGUCAUGAUCAUGUACAGGCGUAAACACACGGAGCUGCAGUCCAUCCAGCUGGAGCUGCAGAGUCCAGACUGUAAGCUCAGUAAGCUGCGGGCCUCCACCAUCAUGACCGACUACAACCCCAACUACUGCUUCGCCGGCAAGACGGCAUCGGUCAAUGACCUGAAGGAAGUGCCGCGGCGAAAUAUCUCCCUCACCAGGGGUCUGGGUCACGGUGCCUUCGGUGAAGUGUAUGAAGGGCUGGCAGUGGGGAUCCCAGGUGAACCCAGUCCUCUGCAAGUGGCAGUCAAGACCCUUCCUGAGGUUUGCUCUGAGCAAGAUGAGUUGGACUUCCUCAUGGAGGCUCUAAUCAUCAGUAAGUUCAGCCACCAGAACAUUGUGCGCUGUGUUGGAGUCAGUCUACAGGCCAUGCCCAGGUUCAUCCUACUGGAGCUGAUGACUGGAGGAGACCUCAAGUCCUUCCUGAGGGAGACCAGACCCCGGCUGGAGCAUCCGUCCAGCUUGACCAUGGUGGAUCUUCUGAAUGUGGCCCGAGACAUCGCAAAGGGCUGCCAGUAUCUGGAGGAGAACCAGUUUAUACACAGAGACAUUGCAGCUCGUAAUUGCCUUCUGACCUGCAAAGGAUCGGGCCGUGUCGCCAAGAUUGGAGAUUUUGGGAUGGCUCGAGACAUUUACAGGGCCAGCUAUUACAGGAAGGGUGGGCGUGCCAUGCUGCCGGUCAAGUGGAUGCCGCCUGAAGCCUUCAUGGAGGGCAUCUUCACAUCUAAAACAGACACGUGGUCCUUCGGGGUUCUGCUGUGGGAGAUCUUCUCAUUGGGCUACAUGCCGUAUCCAAGUCGCAGUAACCAGGAAGUGUUGGAGUUUGUGACCAAUGGCGGAAGAAUGGACCCACCCAAAAACUGCCCUGGGCCUGUAUACCGCAUAAUGACUCAGAGCUGGCAGCAUCAGCCUGAAGACAGGCCCAACUUCUCCACCAUCCUGGAGAGAAUAGACUACUGCCUACAGGACCCUGACGUGGUGACCAUGCCGCUGCCUGUAGAGUAUGGACCUAUCCCAGAAGAGGAGGAGCGGGCCCCCGGGGGCCCUGAGGACCCCUCAGCUCAGACGGUGCUGGUGAAUGCCCCGGUGCCUGAUGGGGAGGUUCAGCAGCCCCCUCCCUCCUAUCCUUCAGGAGACUCCCUGAGAGGGGGGGAGCACAGCGCAGAGACGAGCACAGCAUCGGAGGCUAAAGCACAGAUGCCUGCCCCCCCAUACCUCCACCAGCACCAACAGCCUCACACUCAUAUCCCCAUGACAACCACCAACACUGUCACCUCCACAGCCACCUCCAUGCUCACUGCCAAGGGCCCGCAUAUCGCCUCCCAGCCCGGCCCUGAGGGGGGCCACAUUAACCUGGCGUUCACCCAGGGCCACCCGCAGGAGAAGGAGGGCCCCAACGGGAAGAACACCACCCUGUGGAACCCCACCUACGGCUCCUGGUUCCUGCAGCAGAGGAAGCAGCAGCAGCAGCAGCAGAGGCAGGGAGGGGUGGGGGCUGCAGGAGAGGGCAGCGGCAGGGUGCCGGGGGAGGGGCAGGAGCACGUGGGCCGGACCGUAGCUGAGGUGGCGGGGGCCCUGGGUCUGCAGCACCAGCACAAGCAGUUCCAGCAGCAGCUCCAGCAGCAGCAGCAGCUCCAGCAGCAGCAGCUCCAGCAGCAGCAGCAGCACCACCUGCAGCUGCUGCACCACCAGCAGCAGCAGGGUCUCUGCAGGCCUCUGCUACCCCCGCCCCCCCCUCCCGCUGCCCAGUCGCCCCUGCUCUUAGAUUCGGCCGCAUUGCCCCCGGUCCCUCUCUACAGACUGAGGCGGUUCCCCUGCGGGAACAUCGGCUACGGCUACCAGGAGCAGGGCCUGCCGUUGGAGGCCGUGCACCCCUCCCCCCCUCCACCCCCCCAACCGCAGCAGGGCCUCUCCAUGGCCUCAGCAGCAGCCCACCAGAGGGGGGCUUCAGUGUCCCUGGGUCGCUCGGGUAUGUCCGAGGACAGCCGUCCGCUGCUGGUCACCAUGGGGACAGUACAGGACCCCCGCCUGCCCAGGAUGGAGGGCCACAACGCCACCGUGCUUUAGCCCACAUGCCUGUUCCCAUUUCUUCCACACUGUGUACGGACAGAGACCCUUUUACACCCCCCCUACCGUCUCACCAUUUUGGUUUCUCCCUUUGGUUCUGAAACAGCUGGACGCAAGAUCAGGCCCCCCCCCCCCAUCAGAACCCUGGAGCUGUCAGACCCACGAUGGAUGCUAAGCACAUCAGACAACUACAAACAAAAGCUUUGGGAGGCAGAUGUAGAGUAAAGGCUAGUUUUAAGAAUUAAAAAAAUGUAUUUUUUCAACGCUGGAGGGGUCCCGAGCGAGACACACCGGAGAGAGAGCGACUCCGUCAGAGGAGGAUUUCAAUCUCUUUAUUUUGCAAAACUGUCCCAAACUUUAGUGACCCGUUCGACUGAAGCAAUGUUGUCUCCAGCCGCAGCAACACGUUUCCCCCCCCCCCUCACCACCACCACCACACACGCUUUUGGAGAACAGCAGUGUGCUCAAUAACUUGUAUCAGACUAUUUUUCAAGAUCAUCACAGGAUCGGACGCUGGAUUACCAGAGACAUUUAUACGAAGAGGAAAACUACCGGGGUAAAAUGUGUUUGUUGGUGUUUGCUUGCCUGCUUGUUUAUUUAUUCAUUUGUUUAUUUAUUAUUUGGAAGUGUCUCUAUAAAUUAUUCAUGAACAUGCUUUCCUCAAAUCCAAACACAUUCAUUUUACAUCGACUGGCUUUCACUUUAACACGCGGGGAUAUAUUUUUGGUAAUAAGAGAACUCUGAAUCUCUGAAACGCUGAGUCAUUACUGCUGAAACAGGACAUCAUUCAGGAGUAGAUGGAUGAAUAAAAACACUCUGACCCAAGAGUGUAAGAGCUUAAAGAGUUUCACUUUUCACUCCUUGAUCUGUAACACGCUGCGUCUCUGCUUUUGUUGAUGGAGUGUAUUGAGACUGUUUUCUUUUCUUCAAGCUUUUUUCAGUCAACUUUUAGCAAUUUAUUUCUUGUUACAAAAAAAUAAACCUUCUCCCCUUUUGUGUCCAGAUAUAGAAGCAAAGUGGAUAGUGCUGAAUCAAUUUUAACCUUCAAAUUGCCAUCUCAAAGCACGCCACGUCUCUGCAUUUCCAUAUUUUAUCUUUUCUAUUACAGGAUGACUGUUGCGGAAUACAAAUGAGUCUGAGUGAAAAGUUGGAAUACAAACUGUGGAUGAAAGCUGAGACCCCUUUGAGUCUCAUGUUCACAUGCUGUCUGUGUUUAAAGUCUGCUCCCAGUAUCUAUGACAGCACCAUGAGCGCCGCGCUGUCGAUGUCUUUUUUCAUGCUUUUGCUUGACUGUGUUUGGCAUCCUGUCAGUCAUUGUGCUGUGAAGCGCUGAGCCGUCAUGUGUGCGGCUGGCGGUGGAUAAAGAUAAAAGCAUUCCUGUCGGUUAAGGUAAAUAUUGGCCAAUGAAAAGUCUUUUUUGUCUUCUGUGCAUUAACUCUGUGUUCCCUUCACAGCUCAUCUCCAUUGUUGGAUGUAAAGACAAACUGAAACCACACCUGUAAAUGUUGUAAUUAUAAAGUAUUGUACUAUGGCUCUGGUAAAAGCUGUAAAUUGCCCUUCAGAUGACAUUCGCCAAAAUUAAUAA